CUAGAAUAACCCCUACCUAGUCAUAGCGGAAGGCGUGCCUAAUGGGAACAUCUUCUGCGACCACGAAGAAAAACACAUCGGCUGGCCAAGACUUCGCUGCGACCUAUCGCCUUAUUCUUGCUGUUUAUUAAUUGUCUAGCUAGCGUCCUCGUCUACUCCCUAGCUACCUGCUUCCCAAGCGGUAAUGGCCGUGAACUCGAUAGAACCAGGACAGAUAAGCGCCAGAGUAAAGUUCGAUGAAGUGGAUUCUGUUUCCGCUGGCUCACCACCAUGUUCAAGCAUCUGCAAGACCAUUUUUCGACACAUUCAGCAGCUUGGCGAGACCAACAUCGAGGAAUAUCACGGAUAUAUUGGUGCGGAUCAGCUUCGCAAACCAUGGCGUGACCAAAUGCGGCGUCGCGCCAAGUUCAUUGCGAGGUCAGCCAAGCAGCUAGACGACCCUACGCAACUGUCAAUUCUACAGUCGGAAAUUAUGGCGCGCCUAUCGGUUGAGGUUGAAUGCAAAAAAUGUCGAGCGAGAUUUUGGCAUACCGAGCGCAGCACCCUCCCAGAGAGGCUAAGCAAUGAACAUGCCGCAGCCCUCAAGGAUCAGCAAGCAAAUCGAGCACCUUGUAUAUGUGAUGCCGGUAGUGGUAACAAAGAAGACGAUGAGCGUGGCACACGUCUGCUGUUCUUCGAAGAGACGGAUGAGGAGCCUGCCGAUGAAAAUGAACCUCACUCGCAGCCAUCGAACGCUAGAAAAACGGCGCACCAAAUUUACAACAUUCGAAUACCGAACGAGGGAUCCCUUGAAAACAACUUCUCGUAUCGGAAGUGGGUCUUUCCGUUCCUUGUCGUCGCAUCAUCCGAACCCGAGGGAGAAGAAAGCGACACAAGCAGCAGGAAAAUACCGCAUGAGACGGUGGUCAAAACGAUGCAGCUGCUGGUUUCUCAAGAGGGAUUGCGCCAGGAUGCCGGGGAGACAACAGAAUGGGAAGCCGGCCCCCUCGCCUGGGCCGUAUCUCAUCGAGGCAACCAUUGGAGUAUCUCGGCGUUUUAUAUGGAAGGCAAUGAUACAGAUGAGUGCUGCGUGCAUAUACUUCCUCUAUGGAACGGCUGCGUUCGUUCACCCAGCCACGCGCUCCAACUUUUGCUUAUUGUCGACUACAUUGUUGACUGGGCGCGCGAAAUCUACCGCGGAGCCAUCAUAAACAGCCUCACUAAAGCGUUGGAAAAUGGCCCGAAACCCAUGGUCAUGGUUCACCAGACCCGCACCUCGAGGAGGUUUUGCCAAGUUAGUCAUGGCUCUUCGGGGGCCACGAAGCACCCCAAAACAUCGACGGGUGACCCUCUUAGAAAAUACGACAGCCAGUACGGAGUCAUUCGGGAUGCUCGCUACGUGCGGUCCCUGUUCGUCGCCCUCUACGUGACGGAGGACAACUUUGAGACUCUGAUGGGCUCGAUAUCCGCCGACGAGCGAAAGUCCCUGGCCAACUCUAUUCUUAGGUGCCUGACCGAGGCUUGGCGCAUUUCGCGGGAAGGGCUGGACGCCAUUGAGAGGAUGUGGACAAACAAAAGCCGUGAGGGCGCUGACCACUACCCAAAAGACAAGGUCUUCCUCACCGUCAUGACCGUUACGGCCUACCUGACGCCCUCCUGGGAGCCGACGCGGGAGUUGGGCUACCUAGCAGUAGCUGAGUCUCUCUUUGACCGGCUGCUGGAGAUGGCGUGCCUCCAUCGCCAUCCCGGACGGGCUCCGGCCGGCUUUCCCACGGUUGAUAGGGCUGUAGCGACUUUCUUCAGCGUGCUCAAGCAGUGUACCGCGCAGGACACACUGAAGGCGUGCGUCGCCCGCGUCUGUCGCCACAGCGGGAUCGAGGCGAUGGUGUGUGGGGACCCAGAGGGGGAGAAGUCUUCCAACUGGCAGAUUUUCGUGUCCGAGAUGACAGCCGAAGGGAUGAGGCACCGGCUCGACGUUGUCAUCAAGCCCGCGUCGAUUUCGAAGGCGCGGAAUAUCGUGUUUGAUCUGUUCACGGGGCAAAUGGUUCAGGUGUCGUCAUCGUUGUUCCGCAUCUCGUCGCUCCUCGAGGAACUUCCUCGGCCGGGAGAGCCCAAGGAGUACCCCGAACCACCUGUAGGAGACGAAUCCUUGUGGGGCUCUCCGCCUGGCCUCCCGGACUUCGAGGAGAAAAAUGUCGUACUUGCCACAACGGCCGAACCGCGUAAGGCCGGAGGAGGUCGAGACGAGCUGUGCGUUUUCGUUAUGGACCCGACCGUUCUGGAAACUGGGCUGCCGCUCACGACACUUCUCGAGACACACCCAGAUUGGCAUCUGCGGGUGAAAAGGUUCCACCGGAAGCACGGCUGGGGAGCUAGAGAUGGGAACCUUGGCAACUUCAUCUGCCGAGACCACUCUAUGGAGCCCAAAUUGGCCGAGUAUCGCAAGCAUCUCGAAGGUGCUACCGAACAGGGCCAGUUACCCGGCGACGCGAGCUCGACUGGAAGCGAGGGAUUCUGGGCAGCCAAGGAAUAUACCUCCAGCAUAACCACGAUCUCUGCGGCAGGCUACAAAGCUGAUUUCAUGAGUGCUCUCUCCCUUGCGGAAGCUAUGCGGCCUGGUCACCGGCUCAACUCGAUAGUCUGGCGAAAUCCCCCCAAGAACGCCGAGACCGUGGUCAAGUGGAGAAUCACUGUGGAUUCUAACGGAAAUCCCGUCCGUCCUAGCGAUUCAGGGCCGAGCACGACGAGUAGCCAACGACGUACGUCCAACAACAUUGCCAAUGGGUCACAGCCGGCCAUUGUUGUAACAGACACCUCAUUAGUGGACGAAGCAGAAGGGGGAUUGAAGUCACUUCAAGCCGUUCCAGACAGCAAGCGGGUCAUCGAACUAGAUCCCAACUCCGAGGAGCCCGAAGCAGGGCCGUCGAAGGGCAAGCGGCCGCUUUGGAAUGGGCUACCCGAGCACGAGGCUGUAGGACCGUCCAGCAAGCGGCCGCGCCUCUCUACGUCACAGAUGCAUUCCGAUGACGCCCUCAGCGAUGUGGACUUCGAGAUGUUCAUGCAAGCUGGCGUUUUUGCUUAGUUCCUUUGAAGUUCAUAGCUUUUGGAGACGUGCCCACUUAUCGAGAUUUGUAAAGAAUAUGGCGGGGGAGCGCCAGAUGAUACACGGAUACCAUAUAGCUAUAUGUGUGAGGGUGUGAGGGUGGAUAACAAUAUAGAAAAAGAACUCUAAUAGACGUAAAAGGGUGCUAUAUCUGAACUCUUGGUUCGCAGGUGAUAGAAGUAGCGACAAAACGGGAGAAAAUCUACAAAAAGGGUUCGACUCGCAGGAAUCCAGAAACAGACAUCUGA